AUUUAUUUGGAAUCAAGCAACUGCUAAGUAUUUUGCAAAUGGCAUUGACUGCACCAAACCCCUUUUGAGGUUGGAGGAGAUACAAGGGAGAGGAAGGGGAAUGGUUGCAUCUCAACCUCUUCAAGCUGGCCAAGUUGUUCUCAGAGAUUCUCCCAUCCUUCUGUAUUGUUGCCUUUGAUCCCUCAAUCAUCAUCCAUCUCCUCUUCUCCAGGCUUCUGCGACCAUUGUUUCAGAAAACUACCGGGGCCAUCUUCCAUGGGCGGUCCUUCCGCUUCCUCAGUUUUGUGCCCUUCGUGUCGCCACCAUCGUUUUUGUAGCCCAGAAUGUCUAUCGAUUGCCCAAAAUACAUCUCACACUUCUUGGGUAUGUCAAGCAUUAUCUCAUCUCCGAGCCAAUUCUGUGCUGGUUGAACAGCCCCUUGAGUGUCAAGUCCAAGUGCAUUUUCUCAUUGCUGCCUACAAUCUUGCCAAUGUCUCCCCUUCGGCCUUUCAAACUCUGCUUUCUCUUCAAGGUUCUCCUGAUGAUACUACAAUUGCUUUAGCUCAGUUUCUGCACCCCCUUAUUACGUCACUCCAACCGUUUGCUCCAACUAGUCAUCAGAAUGGAUUUUCCUUGGAACUCACUGCUGCCUUGUUGGCCAAGGAUAAGCUCAAUGCAUUUGGCUUGAUGCAGCCUUUCUCUGAAGAUAAUGACCAGAGAUCUGUCAGAGCUUAUGGUAGGGAGGUCUGUUUGAGCUAUUUCCCUGUGAAUGAAAAUUACUCUAGAAGGCAGAAAAGACUGGCAGAAGACUAUGGCUUCACCUGUAAGUGUGAUCGAUGCAAUGUUGAAGCAAAUUGGUCAGACAACGACAGUGUUGAGGAUGAUGCAGAGGAUAUUGAAGAGUCAAUGGAUGAGGACGAAUGUGAAAAUAUGGCGGCCUCUGACACCGAAAGCAACCCGCAAGGAGAUAACAGUGAUUUUCCCCAUGCAUAUUUCUUUUUGAAAUUCAUGUGUGAUAGAAAGAACUGUUGGGGUACUUUAGCUCCUUUACCCCCACAGGGAAAUUCUCCAUCCAAUGUUAUGGAAUGUAACGUCUGUGGCAACUUGAAGAGCGAUAAUGUCCUCGAUGGCGAUGGAGGACAAGAUGGAGUUUCCAUGGAGGACUGAGCACCUAUGAACCCACUUUUGCUAUCUCUAUAGAUAGUCAUUUUCUUUUCAUCACCUUAUUUCUAACUUAGUUAUUUUUGCACACUCUUUUUUCUUGUACAAUUUUAUAUGUGGUUUGAGGAAGUUUGGUGCUGUUGAAUGAUGUUAGGGAAUAACUGUCGAAGGCACUGGCAGGUUGUUUCAAAGUUACUUCUUUACAGAGGUUUCCGUUGAGAAUGCCUGCACCGAUGAGGGCGGGAAGAGGCCUUCAUUCAGGGGAUGGCCUAGAAGUUGAUUUUAAUACAGACAUCAGAUGCGUUCCAACA